AUGCCCGGAGGCUUAUCGCCCGCGGGCUUUCGCUCACGGAGCUCAAGCCAAGUGAGGGUGUAUUCCCACGAAGAAAUCAUCUUUCCCAAACUCUACGAAGAGGCCUGGGGCAGCGAUGGAUUUGGCGAUAAUCGAACCGAGUUGGAACGCGCCAGAAUCUUCCUUAUGCGGUUUGCGAAGAUGAACCCCGACCCGUUUACGAACCAGGAACUACAGUCAAUCGUCAUGAACCACGAGAACCGAACGAUACCCGGACUGGCUCUUGCAGUGCAGAUGAGAAUAUUUGGAAACCGCCAUGCCAGCUUUGCUGCGACGCCCCUCCUGCAAUGCAUCCGGUUCAUGCUUCUCAAAGCCAGGGUGCCGGAAUUCAUAUACUCGGACAAAACCAAGCUCAUCAUGGACUUUUACUUCGACCCGACAAUGGCUAGAAGCAUCGAACCUCCGCCACCGGGCGGCAUCGUCUACAAGUAUCCCUCCGGCCGUCUCAAGGUUGCCAUUAUAGGUGGUGGACCAACAGCAUUGGCAUCAGCAAUAUCUCUUGCGGAGAAGGGCGCCGGAAAGAUCCAAGUUCACGUCUACGAACGGCGGUGGAUCGUCAAAGACGGACCAAGAGGAACUUACGUCGACUACCCCUCGACAGCUAGGCGUCGUGAUCAAGUCGUCACGCUACAAGAGUCGGUUACGACAUUGAUGAGUCAAGCAACCCAGCAGGCAUUAUUUGAAGGGCGACCAGAGUGCGUCUGGCCAGGCUCAGCCAACAUCCAAAUUCGCAAAGUCGAGGACCGUCUACUCCGUAGAUGCCACGCCGCCGAAUUCCAGGACCUCAUUCACCUCCACGCGAAAGGCGUGACGCAUGAAGAUAUGGCAAAGAUUGGCGAUUUUCAUGUGCUCCUUGGAGCCGAUGGAGCUGCAUCGUGGGUUCGCAAAUCGUACUUCCACGGCUAUGAAAACGAACGCGGAAGAAGUUACGCCCUUGGCCUUGCAUUCGACCGACCGGCCGGUUUACCGUGGUCGCAACCCUUGAAUGUCUUUUUGACUCUCGGUCAAACUCGAUAUCUUCUGAACGCUAGUGACUACGACGGACGUGGGUACCUCAACAUGCAACUGACAGAGGGGGAGUGGCACAGAAUGCUCGCCAAGGAUGGCCAACCUGUCACUUUUGGGUACCCCGGCUGCCUCCGAAAGCCAGAUGGGACUGUCCCGCAAGGUUUCACCGAGAAUCAAGUCUUUGCACCUUCAGAAGAUAGGGAGAGCUCAUUAUGGAGAUCGAUUUCCGACGGCCUGAAGCUCUUCGGCUUCAAGGAAAGCGAGGUUAUCAACGUUGUCCGGAUCCCGAUUGUUGUUCAGGCGGUACGAGAAGGCAUCCAGUACCUCUCACCUUGCGACUCGGGAGCGAUCAACCGGCCGCAUGCCCUCGUCGCAGUCGCAGGCGAUGCUGCCAUGACAGUACACUUUUGGCCCGGCCGUGGUCUCAACAGUGGUGUCAAGUCAGGCAUCGCACUAGGAGACGAGAUUGUCCAUGCACUCAAUGGCGGUAAAUUCGUUGGGUUGCCCCUUACCGCCAUGAACCAGUACAACGACUUCAUCAUGAAGCUGCAGGACCGCGAGCACGACAAGCGCAGUAUCCCGAUCCUGAAUCAAUCCGGUACGCCAGAGACCUUGGGUUGGCUUCUGAGCAAGGCAGACACAGUUCCAGACAACGUUGCAAUCGAAUGGUUGGUCGGUGCCAUGGCUCAAAUUGCGGAGCGUCUGGAACUGAGAGGCGAUUGGGCCUUUGGCCCUGUGGCCAAUGUUGAACCACAACUUCGAAUUGUACUACGACAGAUGGACUCAGCAACGUUGAGAGAAAUGGCAGUCAGCUUCCCCUGGCCGACACGAGAGAUGGGUGGCGCUGAGGUUCUACCUCUCCGCUCUAUGAAGCCGGAAGAGAAGCAAAAAUGGCUUCAGGGCAUCUGGGGGCUAUUGCGAGACGAAGUCAGCCGAGACUCGCAGAAGCGCCCUCCCUCCCGCGGAGAUAGAGGACGGCCACUGUCCACGUCACGGUUCGAAGCCCCGCGCGGUGCGGCUUUGCUUCCGCCUAGAGCCGUUUCGCCGUCGCCGCAGUUCCUCUCGCCAACACCGAAUAGUGCUGCGCCAAGUCGGUCUGAAUCGACGCUCCGAAGAACAGUCCCUAAUGAGCUGGAUGGUAAUUCAUUUUCACGGCAACGCUCACCGUCUAUGGGUGGUGAAAUUCCGCUUGGAAGAUUGCUGAGCGUGAGCCAGCGUCCAGGCCGCGCAGUACUGGCUGAUGCUAUGUCGUUGGCACUAUUCCGUGUCGACGGGGAUUGA